CCAUCCGAACUCAUCACUGGUAUCAAGAAGGUGUUUACGGAGGCAUGGCACGAAGACCCCCGGCUGUCAGGCUACCUUCAGCAAGAAGGUGCGCAAGAAGAGGGCAGCGGUCAGGAGCAAGCUGAUGGAAACAUCAAGGUUCAUGUCCAGUUGGCGGCAACCGAAGAUCCAAAGGAAGGCCUAGCAAUCUUGGUGAAGGGCUUUUCGCACGCCCUGGGCACCAUACUUCAGCUUGACCCUGCCCAGAUAAACGCCGACAUGGCCAUAGCUGAACAUGGAGUUGACUCGCUCGUUUCCGUUCGCAUUCGCGACUGGUUUCUUAAAGAGCUGGGGGUUGACGUGCCUGUGUUGAAACUCAUGUCGACCAACCACACUCUAUCGCGAGUGUGUGAGGACGCUCUAGCAGGAUGGCGAAAG